AUGAAAACCCUCGUUCUUAAUGUUAUCUUCGUAUUGCUCCUAGUAUGGAAAUAUAAUUAUUCCUUCGGUGCAAACACAUCUAUGAAUAGCCCCAUGGGUACGCAAAAUAUGUCUCAUGAUCUACCAAACCAACCAUUUGGAAGAAUAAUGACAGAAACGCUUGUAGAUCAACCAUAUAAGGAAGAUUUUGCUAUAGGGACCAGAACUGAACAAAACAAUUUAUAUAACACUGAAUCGGAUGAUACCAGUGCACAUAGUGAUGAUUUCAGAGGAUUGUGUACCAAAAUAUCAUCAAUAUGGAAAGAGUCAGUUGAAGAUAUGGAAAAAGAAUAUAAUGAAAGAACACAACAAGUAGAAAAAGCAUGGAGGGGAGGAAUAUGGAAUAAUAAAUGGGCCAAAUACUUAGAACAUGUACGUAAUACCAUUCAAAGGACGCUGAACGAUUUGAGUAAUACUCCACAUGAUACAGAAGUUAAUGUAGCAUUUAUGCUAUCCCAAGUUUUUUCCGUCUUUUCAAUGUUUAUAGAAGAGGUUAUUGAAGAUGCAAAGACGCUAGGUAAAAUGUAA